UAGUUGCUACAAUCGGAAAAUGGCUUCUCAACCGAACAAUGUUGGAAUACUCGCAAUGGAGAUUCACUUUCCUCCUACUCGCCUUGUGCUGGAAGAAUUGGAGGCUCAUGAUGAAGUAAGCAAAGGCGCGUAUACAACUGAUCCUGGACAAGAUUGCAUGGGCUUUGUUAUUGAGGAUGAAGAUGUUGUAUCAAUGAGCAUGACGGCUGUUACUUAUCUUCUGGAGAAGUAUACUAUUGAUCCAAACCAAAUUGGCCGGUUAGACGUUGGAACUGAAACUAUUAUCGAUAAGAGUAAAUCUAUCAAGACAUUCUUAAUGAGAAUAUUUGAGGAACAUGGAAAUACCGACAUUGAAGGAGUUGACUCCCAUAAUUCUAGCUAUGGGGGAACUGCUGCAUUGUUCAACUGCGUUAAUUGGGUGGAGAGCUCUUCAUGGGAUGGACGUUAUGGGCUUGUAGUAUGCACGGAUAGUGCGGUCUAUGCAAAGGGACCUGCUCGGGCUACUGGAGGAGCUGCAGCAAUAGCUAUGCUUGUAGGGCCUGAUGCUCCUAUAGUACUUGAAAGCAAGAUCAGAGCUAGCCAUAUGUCGCACGUCUAUGAUAUUUACAAGCCCAUCCUUGACAGUGAAGAUCCAGUAGUGGACAGUGAGAUUUCGCAAACCUGUUAUCUUAGGGCACUUGAUUCUUGCUACAAGGGUUUAUGCAACAAAUAUGAGAAAGUGGAAGGCGAGCAAUUUUCAAUUGAUAAUGCAGCCUACUUUGCAUUCCAUUCACCAUACAACAAGCUUGUCCAGAAGAGUUUUGGUCGCUUGCUUUACAACGACUUUUUAAGGAAUGCUAGCUCUAUUGACGAGUCUGCUAGACAAAUCCUGGCCCCAUUUGAAUCCUUAACUGGUGAUGAAAGCUACCAAAGCCGUGAUCUUGAUGAGGCAUCCCAACAAGUUGCUAAACCAUUAUACGAUGAGAAGGUGGAACCUACUACAUUGAUACCAAAACAAGUUGGCAACAUGUACACCGCGUCUCUCUAUGCUGCAUUUGCAUCCCUCCUUCACAAUAAGCACGACACAUUGGCCGGUCAGCGUGUAAUCAUGUUCUCCUAUGGGGGUGGAUCAACUGCAACAAUGUUUUCACUAAAACUUAAUGAAGGUCAACAUCCUUUUAGUUUGUCAAACAUUGCAACUGCGAUGAAUGUUGCAGAGAGGCUGCAAAAGAGAUAUGAGUACACUCCUCCCGAAUUUGACAUUUUCGUUGGACUUUACGAGGCCAGAAGAGAGUUUGGCAUCAAAAACGACUACUGGUGUGAAAUGCCUGGCAGCAUUCUUCCACCAGGAGCCUACUACUUCAGAGGGGUUGAUUCUGAGUACAGAAGAGCUUAUGGUAAAAAAACUCCCGAGAUUGAACAGGAGAUAGAAGAAAUAAUCCUAGAAUAA